GGAAACCAAACAGCUGGCAAGCACCAUGGCAGAAGUACUCACAGAGGAACAGAUUGUUGAGUUUAAGGAAGCCUUUUGUCUCUUUGACAAAGAUGGAGAUGGUUGUAUUACCUUGGAAGAAUUGGCGACGGUGAUCCGGUCGCUGGAUCAAAAUCCGUCGGAGGAGGAGCUUCAGGACAUGAUAAGUGAAGCCGACGCCGAUGGAAAUGGUACCAUAGAGUUUGCAGAGUUCUUGAACUUAAUGGCCAAGAAGAUAAAGGAAACUGAUGCAGAGGAGGAACUCAAAGAAGCUUUCAAAGUAUUUGAUAAGGAUCAAAAUGGUUACAUCUCGGCAAAUGAGUUGAGGCACGUCAUGAUCAAUCUGGGAGAGAAACUGACCGACGAAGAGGUGGACCAGAUGAUCAAGGAGGCCGACCUGGACGGCGACGGCCAGGUGGACUACGAGGAGUUUGUGAAGAUGAUGACGAACAUAAGUUGAAGAAUUAAGCCUCGGUCUAAUUUCAUUAUAGUUAUACAAUUAAUUGUAGAGAAAAGUGAAAAUCAUAAUGUCUUAAUAUUUAAAAUGUUAGGAUUGUUCGUGAAAUUGUUUAAAUAUUUUUAAUGAAUCUUUUUUAUAUAUUGAUUCGUUAAAAACAUUUAAAUUUUUUCAUUAUCAUUCCUUAUAUUUUAAUUAUUAAGACAUUUUGAUUUUCUAUAAUCUGUUAAUUGUAUUCAUUUGUUUUUGUUUUUGUCUUUGGCAAAAAUAAGCUCUGUGGCCGUCU